AUGCCGUUUCUCUUCUCCUACGUGUGCGACCUCUUACAACGCCUCGAAGACAACCGUACCGCUCGAUCAGGGCUAAGAAACAACGCGGAAAUCAUCCGUAGCUGGUUCCGAGAACAUCAGGCGCUGCUACACCGCGAUCAUAGCAGCGGAGCUCUCCUCUCUGCCCUGCUCCCGGAAAAGAGGAGCGACAGAGUGUAUUUCCUCCGGGAGAAGAAGCUCCAGACCAUCAUUGGCCGCGCGCUGGGCUUGGGCCGCUCACGUAUCGCUGAACUGAGCCGAUGGCAGACCCCGGGAGCUGGUGUUGACUUGGCAGACUGUGUUGAGAGGAUCUUGACACUGACCCCGAACCCCAUAUCGCCUGCUCACAAAGCCGUCACAGUUGAAGAGAUCGAUGAGAUCCUUCAUAGGAUUGCAGCUGCAUGCCGAUUCAGCUCACCUGCCGUACGCCUCUCGGCAUCUGAGAAUCGGCCGGCCGACCAGGAGCUCUCCCUCGGGGGGCUGUACACACGCCUGUCAGCGCGAGAUGCGAAAUGGCUAACGAGGCUGAUCCUAAAGAACUUUGAACCCGUUGUUCUCGACCAGCACGUUGUCUGUGCAAGUUACCACCCUCUGCUCCCUCAGGUCCUGCGAGUACAGGACGACUUGGCCGUCGCCGGUCGUAUCCUCGACAACCAGCGAAGGGAUCGGACGGGAAGCAGUGGGCUCGCCGAGUACCUGAAGCCGACACUUGGCGUGAAGAUCGGUCUCCAGACAUGGCACAAGGGCCGAAGCAUCAAGCACUGCCUGUCCUUGGUCCGGGGUCGGGUCAGCUGUGAGGAGAAGAUCGACGGCGAGUACUGCCAGAUCCACGUCGAUCUCAGCAAAGGCUACGACUGCAUCCAGAUCUUCUCAAAGAGCGGCAAGGACAGCACAAGGGGCCGCAUAGCCCUGCAUGACUCAAUCCGAAAGUCACUGCAGCUUGGAACGCCCGCCUGCGCCUUAAAGAUCGGUUGCAUUCUGGAAGGAGAGCUUGUUGUCUGGGAUGAUAGGCACUCCAAGAUCCUAGACUUCCACAAGAUCCGCAAACAUGUCUCGAGAUCCGGAUCGUUCUUGGGGACCCACAAGGACUCCCAGCCACACCCCUGGGAGCACCUCAUGAUUGUGUACUACGACCUUCUCAUGGUCGACAAUGAGUCUUUGCUGGCCGUGAGGCACUCGGAGAGGUUCCAGCGGCUGAAGAAUCUCAUCACACAAGUUCCGGGCCGGUCUGCGUUGGUGAAGCGUGAGGUCAUUUCGGGCGCAUCAGAUCUCCGCCGAGCCUUUGCAAAGUGCAUCACAACAGGUAAAGAAGGGCUUGUUCUGAAAGCGGAUGAUCCUUACUUUGACUUUAGUACCCCCCGGCGGUCUUGCGCAAUAGUGAAACUCAAGCAGGAAUAUAUCGGCUGCUUUGGGGACGUUGGCGACUUUGCUGUCGUCGGUGCCCGCUUCGAUGCGGCCAGAGCCCGGACCUACAACAUCCGGGGGCUCAAGUGGACUCACUUCUAUGUGGGUUGUCUCGAGAACCAUGAGGAGGUGUGCCGGUUUGGAAAGAAGCCUGUUUUCGUCAUCACGAACGUCGUCGAACUGAAUGUUGCGCAACUGCAGACGUUCAUCACUUUCGUCAACCCAGAGUCGGUGCCGCCCGAGGAUAACACAGCUAUCUCUUUGAGGAUCGAACCGGGGAUUGACAACGGCAAGCGGCCAUCCGUCAUUUUCACAACUCCGCCGGUGUUCGACAUCCGGUGCUUCUCGUUUGACAAAGUGGGAAACACCGGUUUCUGGAGCCCCAGGUUUCCUUCGGUGAGCAAGAUCCACUACGACCGAAGUUAUCGCGACGCCAUUUCGUUCGCAGAGUUGCAGGAUAUGGCCGCGCAAGAGAAGGAGAUGGCUCGUCCGGAAGACAGUCAGGAGCUCCUCGUCUGGAUUGCUGCGCUGGAGAGAUCCGAGCCGACCACGACCGUCGACGACACACAGUCGACAAAGCCCGUGAAUUCGGGCUGUCGAUUCUCUUCGACCGCUCCGAUUUCGCCAACGAAAGAGAAAACUGGAGCCGAGAAACAAGCACAUGUUACGCAACCGGUUGACGGGCAGCUGACACCCCCACGAUCGUCUGCGAUCAAGGUGUCUGAACCAACAUCUUCGAAACCGACUAACGAGCAAGAGGAGGCGGCGCUCGGUCGGAAGCGAUCUCUGGAAUCGUCAACAGAGAAUAACAUUCCCGAAGAGAGAAAGAAGAUUCGAAGGUGCACGAGUGAUCGGGUCCAUCCCUCAGCAAACCACACGGAGCCGCGAGUCGGUCCCCCAGUGACGCUAUCGCGCCGCAGCACCGAGGCUCAUGUGGCCAUGCCUAGGCUGUCAAGCACAGUCCCGGCACAGAACCCGGAUUUGGAGAAAGAGGAUAGCUCAGAGCGUGGCACCACCCGAUCUUCUCUGCAAACGUGCGUCUCGUUCCGCGAGAGAGCACCCGCGUCGUUUUCUGCAGAACCAUCCUCCCAUAAAGCGAAGAGCUUUUCGGUGGAAGCCGCCGACACAGCACCUACUAGGCCCUCAGAUGGACCGCCCCAGACAACCACCGGGACCUUCCCCUGGGUCACGGAGGACCUGCUCUCGUGCCACGGCGUGACCGACUUCAUCCGCGGCCCGAAGGAAUGGCUCCUCGACAACCCCAAUCAGCAGCAUCAGCAUCUGGCAGCACAAGCAAAAAGCCACCUUCCGACUUCAAGCGGAAAAAUCACUUCAGCUUCAGUUUCAGCUUCAGCAUCAGCACCGUCCAGCACCACCACUACCACCACCACCACGAUCACCGGAACCGGAACGAACACUCGGCGAAGAAGGCGGAAGAUUGUGCUUGUCGACGCGCGGCGUAGGGAGGCUACCGUUGCCUUCCUGCAGACGAUUGAGGCGGCCCAGCUGGAACGCAGCAACGGCGAGCGCGAGUACGUCGCUGUCUACGACUGGCGCGUGCUGGAGAGCAUCCGGGAGGAAGAGCGGAAGUGCGAGAGGAAUGGGUGGGCGCCGGGGACUCGGUUCGGUCUCAACAGCUCGCUGUGGCGGCGGUUUUGGGUUGGACUUGCGUGA